ACUAAAGAACUAAAGAAGCCGAGAUAGAACUGAUGGAAAUGAAAUACAAGUGCAGUGGGAAAGUAUCAGAAAAUGAUGUUUAUUUCGAUAAACACAAAGAGCAGUGCUUAAAAGCAACAGAUCUGAGCAGAAAAGGAAGUAUAGAUGCACCUAUAAAAGAACUGGUACAGCAUAUCAACAACUGUAAACAGUAUUUUACUACCAGCUCUUGUUCUGGAAGAACAAUAUUGUUUCAGAAGGCGUCAGAAUUUGAAAAACAGGGAUGCAAGUGGCUUUAUGUUAGUCAUGAACCAGCAACUGUAGAACCUGUGGUGCUGAAACUGACAAACUUACAGGAUGAUGUUUACUUCAAAUUUGAGCCCUUUGUUCUACAUGUGCAGUGUCGGACCUUAACUGAUGCCACCAAACUGCAUGCUGUUGCAGUAGCCUCUGGCUUCAGGAACUCUGGGAUAUCUAUAGGAAGAAAAGGCAAAAUAAUAAUGGCUGUAAGAAGCACUCAUUCCAUGGAGGUUCCCAUUGCCCUUGGGGGACAAUUAUUGGUAACAGAAAAGUAUAUUGGUGAAUUGGUGACUUUAGCAAACAAGAGGAUGGCAGAGAACCAAAGGAGAAUAGAAAGGUUUUUUGAAACUGUGAAGAGUAUGGAUUCCAUGAAGCUAUCAGGCAGAGAGGAUGGGUGUGUGUCUGGAAAUGGAGCGGAGAUGAAUAGGGAGAAAGAAAAGAGAAGGGAGGAACAAGCCACUCUAACUAAAACAGACAAUAGUGACUCUGUCAGUCCUUUUUUGCCUGAGGAUGAGGAAUACAAUAUUUCUUUAUGGGAUGAGCAGCCACCAUAGCAAUUCAGAAAGUGAUAAAUAUGUUUAUAGCUUUGUUAAAAAAAAUACACCAUACGAGAAAGUAAUAACUUCUUAUUUUUAAA